AUGACGAGGACAACAACGAGGAAACCAAACGGCGGCGGCGAUACUGUGAAAUAUUCAAUCAUCGUUCCGACGUACAACGAACAGCUAAACAUCGCCAUGCUUCUCGCCCUCAUCGUCGAAGCGAUGGAGGAGGGAACAAAAAGGAAGGAAGGAAGAAAAAUAUCCCCGUCGUCGUCAACUCCGUCGUACGAAGUCAUCGUCGUGGACGACAACUCGCAAGACCAAACGCAACAAACCAUUCAAAAGUUACAAAAGAUUGAAAAAUAUCGGGACGUUUUGCGUCUGAAACCGAGGAAAGGGAAAUUAGGUUUAGGAUCGGCAUAUAUUCACGGUUUACAGUUUGCGAGAGGUGAGUUUGUGAUUCUCAUGGAUGCGGAUUUGUCGCACAAUCCGAAAGCGAUUCCUGAAUUUAUACGAAAACAAGAGGAGGGAGACUACGACGUCGUCACCGGGACGAGAUAUUUAGCGUCGUCGUCGUCGUCAUUAUCAAUAUCAUCUAGAAUAACGAAUAGCAGUAGCAGUACUAAAUCAAGUCGUAAAAGCAAAAUCAAAGAGCAGGAGUGCGGAGUGUACGGUUGGGAUACGAGGAGAAAGUUGACUUCCCGAGUCGCAAACUAUUUAGCGCACGUGUUGUUGAACCCGGGCGUGUCCGAUUUGACUGGAUCUUUCCGAUUGUACCGGAAAACGACUUUUCAGGCGCUUGUGAGCUCGAUGCAGUCCGUGGGGUACGUUUUCCAGAUGGAAAUUAUAGUUCGAGCGAAAAGAGGAGGCUUUAAAGUUGCCGAAGUCCCGAUUUCUUUCGUGGACAGAGAUACCUCAAAGGAUUAG